ACGAAAACUUAAUAAAAAGUUUACUUAACAAUGAGCCAAGACGUUGGUGAAUCAAGGGAGCCGCACGUACCGGUUAAACAUAAGGAUUUUCUAAUUUCUAUUAAAACUGGAGAACCAAUGGAGAUAAAAGAACGUGAUAUGUAUGGCAGGUGUCGACCUGCGAAUGAUUUUGUGAAGUUAAAUAGAAUAGGUGAAGGAUCCUAUGGUAUUGUUUAUCGUGCAAGAGAUGCUCGUACAAACGAAAUCGUGGCUUUGAAAAAAAUGCGAAUGGAUCAGGAAAAAGAUGGAUUGCCUGUAAGUGGUCUUAGAGAGAUUAUGAUACUUAAAGCUUGUGAUCACAAAAAUAUUGUUAAAUUGAAAGAUGUUGCAGUUGGUAGGAGUUUGGAAAGCAUAUUUCUUGUAAUGGAAUACUGUGAACAAGAUUUGGCCUCACUCUUGGAAAAUAUGUCACAACCAUUUUCAGAGUCGGAAGUUAAAUGCAUAGUACUUCAGUUGUUAAAUGGUCUACAAUACAUGCAUUCCCGUUAUAUUGCACAUCGAGAUCUCAAGGUUUCCAACUUGUUAAUGACUGAUAAAGGAUGCGUUAAAAUUGCUGACUUUGGCCUAGCAAGAUAUUUUGGAAAACCAGGUGCGCCUAUGACACCUCAUGUCGUUACUUUGUGGUAUCGUUCGCCGGAAUUGAUAUUAGGUUCCGUUACACAAACAACAGCAGUCGAUAUGUGGGCAGUGGGAUGUAUAUUAGGAGAGCUGCUUUUACACAAACCAUUGUUGCCGGGAAAAACGGAAAUAGCACAAUUAGAACAUAUAAUUGACUUAUUGGGUGCGCCUACUGAAGCUAUUUGGCCAGAUCUUACUAAAAUGCCAAGCAUGCAAAAUUUCACAUUUAAGCAGCAGCCGUAUAACAAUAUGAAAACCAAAUUUCCGCAUUUAACUGCUGCAGGUUUAAGACUGAUAAACUACUUGUUUAUGUACGAUCCUCUCAAGCGCGCUACAGCUGAAGAGUGCUUACAAGCAACAUAUUUUAGAGAACCUCCAUUACCAUGUGAUCCGAAACUCAUGCCCACAUUUCCACAACAUCGGAACAUGCAACAUCAAAAACCUACUACUAGUCAUCAACAGCAGGCUCCAGAGUUGCCUGCAAUAUCAGAUAUUUUGGGUAGCUUAUUGAAAAAACGCCGCAUGGAGUAGUAAGAUAUUUACUGUUGUAUAGUUUUAAUUUUAAUGUUUAUUUAGUUAGUGAUAUUGAAUAAAAUAAAUAUUUAUCAUAUUUUGCUUU